AUGGAUCCGAGACUUGAACAGGCUGCUAAAUCUGGAAGUACCGAUGAAUUGUAUGCUCUUAUCGAUGAGAAUCCAUAUGUACUUGAAAACAUCGAUGCGGUGCCAUUUGUGAACACUCCCCUCCACGUAGCUGCAGCUUCCGGAAACCUACAAUUUGCCAUGGAGAUGCUGAAUCUCAAGCCUUCUUUUGCAAGAAAGCUAAACAAAAGCGGGUACAGCCCAUUGCAUCUCGCUGUGGACAAGAAUCACACAGAGUUUGUCUCCACCAUGAUCUCUCUUGACCACGACCUUGUCCGCGUUAAAGGGAGAAACGGCACCACGCCGUUCCUUUCACUAGUGUCAAGAGGGGAAGUCGAUCUUGUGCUAGAGUGCCUCGAAAGUUCCCCUGAGUGUAUCCAAGAUGCGAGCGUGAAUGGCCAUAACGCUCUUCACCUUGCUGUGAUGAAUGAUAGAUUUGAACUUCUCCAAAUCCUCACGGGAUGGAUCCAGAGGAUGGCGGUAAGACUGUUACUAGAAUGUCGGUUGGUGGAGCAGAACAAAGUAAACGGACAAGGGUUAACAUGUCUUGAUAUCUUGAGAGCCGGAAGUGGAAGGGACAUGGGUUUGGAACGAGAUGCUGUGAAAGCAGGGUGUAAAGAGGCAGCUUCUGUGCGAAUAAAACCCUCCAAGGCGAUGUCUCAUCGGCUUAAAUCGCCAAUCACUUUGUGGACAUACUGCUCCACGGUCCUGAGACGCCACAGGUCAAACACAUCAGAUGAAGCUCGUGGCGUGUUCCUGAUCGUAUGCACUUUGAUACUGACAACCACUUACCAGACUGCACUCCAGCCUCCAGGAGGUGUACACCAGUCCAACGACGGCGAUGCCGGUUCCGUGGUGAUGAAGCAAAUGUAUUUCAUCCUUCUUUGGGUUACCAACACUGGAGGCUUCAGCUGCGCUCUCUUCUUCACCUUCUGUCUCUUGCCACUUGGGGUACUGUUUACGAUAUGGUUCUUUUGGAUUGGGAUAUCACUUUGCCUCUCUUACGCCUUAUCCAUGGCGGUUAUCUCACCAAACCCAAUCCUGUUUCUCUCCGUGACCUUCGCCUUUUUCCUGCUUUUUGCUGUCUAUCUCUUGUGGGCUAUCUUCGCACGCCACUGGAAAAAGCCUAACGUAAGAGCACAUCCAUUGCUGACACCUUAA